GGAAGACGGGAAAAAAAGGGCAGGCGGCUCUCCAGGCGUGUUCCCCGUCCUCCGCCGUGUCCCCUCUGCUGCAGGGACUCGGACAUGGGACUGCUCCAGGUGUUCGGUUUCGGUUUCUUAGUUCUGUGCGGUGCCGGAGUGCAAGCUCAAGAACCCGAGUUCAGCUACGGCUGUGCGGAGGGCAGCUGCUAUCCGGCCACGGGCGACCUUCUGAUCGGCCGAUCGCAGAAGCUCUCCGUGACCUCGACGUGCGGACUGCACAAGCCUGAGCCUUACUGUAUCGUCAGCCACCUCCAGGAGGAUAAGAAAUGCUUCAUAUGCAAUUCUCAAGACCCUUACCAUGAGACCCUCAAUCCUGAUAGUCAUCUCAUUGAAAAUGUGGUCACUACAUUUGCUCCAAACCGCCUUAAGAUUUGGUGGCAAUCGGAAAAUGGCGUGGAAAAUGUAACGAUCCAACUGGACUUGGAAGCAGAAUUCCAUUUUACUCAUCUCAUAAUGACCUUCAAGACAUUCCGUCCAGCUGCUAUGCUGAUAGAACGAUCGUCUGACUUUGGGAGAACCUGGGGCGUGUAUAGAUACUUUGCCUAUGACUGUGAGAGCUCAUUUCCAGGCAUUUCAACCGGCCCCAUGAAAAAAGUUGAUGAUAUCAUUUGUGAUUCCCGAUAUUCUGACAUUGAACCGUCAACAGAAGGAGAGGUGAUAUUUCGUGCACUAGAUCCUGCUUUCAGAAUAGAAGAUCCUUAUAGUCCAAGGAUUCAGAAUCUGUUAAAAAUCACCAACUUGAGAAUUAAGUUUGUUAAACUGCAUACUUUGGGAGAUAACCUUUUGGAUUCCAGAAUGGAGAUCAGGGAAAAGUACUAUUAUGCAGUUUAUGAUAUGGUGGUUCGAGGAAAUUGCUUCUGCUACGGCCAUGCCAGUGAAUGUGCCCCUGUGGAAGGAUUCGAUGAAGAAGUGGAAGGCAUGGUUCAUGGACACUGCAUGUGUAGGCAUAACACCAAGGGUUUGAACUGUGAACUCUGCAUGGAUUUCUACCACGAUUUACCUUGGAGACCUGCUGAAGGUCGAAAUAGCAAUGCCUGUAAAAAGUGUAACUGCAAUGAACAUUCCGGUUCAUGUCACUUUGACAUGGCUGUGUACUUGGCAACUGGAAAUGUCAGUGGAGGAGUGUGUGAUGACUGUCAGCACAACACAGUGGGGCGCAACUGUGAGCAGUGCAAGCCAUUCUACUUCCAGCACCCAGAGAGGGACAUUCGAGAUCCUAACAUCUGUGAACACUGUACCUGUGACCCAGCUGGUUCUCAGAAUGAAGGCAUUUGUGACAGUUACACUGAUUUUUCUACUGGUCUUAUUGCUGGUCAGUGUCGGUGUAAAUUAUACGUGGAAGGAGAACGCUGUGAUAUUUGCAAAGAAGGCUUCUAUGACCUAAGUGCUGAAGAUCCAUUUGGUUGUAAAUCUUGUGCUUGCAACCCUCUGGGGACGGUUCCUGGUGGGAAUCCUUGUGAUUCCCAGACUGGUUACUGCUACUGUAAACGUCUGGUGACAGGACAGCGUUGUGACCAAUGUCUGCCAGAGCAUUGGGGUUUGAGCAAUGAUUUGGAUGGAUGUCGAUCUUGUGACUGUGACCUUGGAGGAGCAUUAAACAACAACUGUUCUGCAGAGUCCGGCCAGUGCUCCUGCCGACCCCACAUGAUCGGACGUCAGUGCAACGACAUGGAAUCUGGCUAUUACUUUACCACGUUGGAUCACUAUAUCUAUGAAGCGGAAGAAGGUGGCUUUGGGCCUGGGGUCAGCAUAGUGGAGCGGGAGUAUAUCCAGGACCGAACUCCUUCCUGGACUGGAGCUGGUUUCGUCAGAGUGCCCGAAGGGGCUUACCUGGAGUUUUUCAUUGACAACAUACCAUAUUCCAUGGAGUACGACAUCCUAAUUCGCUAUGAACCACAGUUACCUGACCACUGGGAAAAAGCUGUCAUCACAGUGCAGCGACCUGGAAAGAUCCCAGCCAGCAGCCGAUGUGGUAAUACUGUUCCCGAUGACGACAACCAGGUGGUGUCUUUACCGCCAGGCUCCAGAUAUGUUGUCCUUCCACGCCCCGUAUGCUUUGAGAAGGGUGUGAAUUACACUGUGAGGUUAGAACUGCCCCAGUACACCUCCUCCGACAGCGACGUGGACAGUCCCUACACGCUGAUCGACUCACUUGUUCUCAUGCCGUACUGCAAGUCACUGGACAUCUUCACUGUUGGAGGCUCAGGAGAUGGGCCAGUCACAAACAGUGCCUGGGAAACCUUUCAGAGAUACCGCUGUCUGGAGAACAGCAGAAGUGUUGUGAAAACGCCAAUGACAGAUGUUUGCAGAAACAUCAUCUUCAGCAUCUCUGCGAUGCUACACCAGACGGGCCUGGCUUGUGAAUGUGACCCUCAGGGUUCAUUAAGUUCUGUCUGCGACCCCAAUGGAGGCCAGUGUCAGUGUCGGCCCAACGUGGUUGGAAGAACCUGCAACCGGUGUGCUCCUGGCACCUUUGGUUUUGGCCCCAGUGGAUGCAAACCUUGUGAGUGUCAUAUGCAAGGAUCUGUCAGUGCCUUCUGCGAUCCCAUCACCGGCCAGUGCCACUGUUUCCAGGGGGUGUACGCUCGGCAGUGUGACCGCUGCUUACCUGCCCACUGGGGCUUUCCCAGUUGCCAGCCCUGCCAGUGCAAUGGUCACGCGGAGGAAUGUGACUCAGUGACGGGGGCGUGCUUGAGCUGCCAGGACUACACCACAGGGCAUAACUGUGAAAGGUGCUUGGCCGGUUACUAUGGUGACCCCAUCAUCGGAUCAGGAGAUCACUGCCGCCCCUGCCCCUGCCCAGAUGGUCCCGAAAGUGGACGCCAGUUUGCCAGUAGCUGUUAUCAAGAUCCUGUUUCUUUACAGCUCGAGUGUGUCUGUAAUCCUGGAUAUACUGGCUCCAGAUGUGAUGACUGUGCCUCAGGAUUCUUUGGCAACCCAUCGGACAUUGGCGGGUCCUGUCAGCCUUGCCAGUGUAAUGACAAUAUUGACUCAACAGACCCACAAGCCUGCGACAAGGAGACUGGAAGGUGUCUCAGGUGUCUGUACCACACGGAAGGGGAGCAUUGCCAGCUGUGCCGCUUGGGCUACUAUGGAGACGCCCUUCAGCAGGACUGUAGAAAAUGUGUCUGCAAUUACCUGGGCACCGUGCAGGAUCACUGCAAUGGCUCAGAUUGCCAGUGUGACAAAACCACUGGCCAGUGCAUGUGUCUCCCAAAUGUGAUCGGCCAGAACUGUGACCGCUGUGCACCUAGUACCUGGCAGCUGGCCAGCGGGAAGGGCUGUGACCCAUGCAGCUGUAAUUCUGCCCAUUCCUUUGGACCAUCCUGUAACGAGUUCACGGGGCAGUGCCAGUGUAUGCCCGGGUUUGGAGGCCGAACCUGCAGCGAGUGCCAGGAGCUCUUCUGGGGAGACCCCGACGUGGAGUGCCGAGCCUGUGACUGUGACCCCAGGGGCAUUGAGACGCCACAGUGUGACCACUCCACGGGCCAGUGUGUCUGCAUUGAGGGUGUUGAGGGUCCACGCUGUGACAAGUGUACUCGAGGGUACUCAGGGGUUUUCCCUGACUGCACGCCCUGUCAUCAGUGUUUUGCUCUUUGGGACGUGAUCAUCGCUGAGUUGACCAACAGGACCCACCGAUUCCUGGAGAAAGCCAAGGCCUUGAAGAUCAGUGGUGUGAUUGGGCCUUACCGGGAGACUGUGGACUCAGUGGAGAAAAAAGUCAACGAGAUAAAAGACAUCCUGGCCCAGAGCCCAGCAGCAGAGCCACUGAAAAACAUCGGGAAUCUCUUUGAGGAAGCAGAGAAGUUAACCAAAGAUGUUACAGAGAAGAUGGCUUUAGUAGAAGUGAAAUUAUCUGACACGGCUUCACAGAGCAGCAGCACAGCCCAAGAACUGGAUUCUCUGCAGACAGAGGCAGAAAAGCUGGACAACACAGUGAAAGAACUUGCCGAACAACUAGAAUUUAUCAAAAACUCAGAUAUUCGAGGUGCCUUGGAUAGCAUCACCAAGUACUUCCAGAUGUCUCUAGAUGCCGAGCAGAGGGUAAAUGCCUCCACCACAGAUCACAACAGCACGGUGGAUCAGUCGGCACUCACUCGAGGCCAAGUAGAAGAACUGAUGUUGGAGCGAGAGACACAGUUCAGGGAAAAACAAGAGGAGCAGUCUCGUCUCCUUGAUGAACUGGCAGGCAAACUACAAAGCCUCGACCUUUCAACUAUUGCUGAGAUGACUUGUGGAACGCCUCCUGGGGCCUCCUGCUCCGAGACGGAAUGCGGCGGCCCAAACUGCAGAACUGACGAAGGAGAGAAGAAGUGUGGGGGGCCUAGCUGUGGUGGUCUUGUCAGUGUUGCACACAGUGCCUGGCAAAAAGCCACGGACUUUGACCGAGAUGUCCUGAGUGCCCUGGCUGAGGUGGAACAGCUCUCCAAGAUGGUCUCUGAAGCAAAACUGAGAGCAGAUGAAGCAAAACAGAAUGCUCAAGAGGUUUUACUGAAAACAAAUGCUUCCAAAGAAAAAGUGGACAGGAGUAAUGAGGAUCUGAGAAAUCUGAUCAAGCAAAUCAGAAACUUUUUGACCCAGGAUAGUGCCGAUUUGGAUAGCAUUGAAGCAGUUGCUAAUGAAGUGCUGAAAAUGGAAAUGCCUAGCACCCCACAGCAAUUACAGAACCUGACAGAAGAUAUUCGUGAACGAGUUGAAAGCCUUUCUCAAGUAGAGGUUAUUUUACAGCAAAGUGCUGCUGACAUUGCCAGAGCUGAAAUGUUGUUAGAAGAAGCGAAAAAAGCCAGCAAAAGCGCAACAGAUGUUAAAGUCACUGCAGACAUGGUGAAGGAAGCUCUGGAAGAAGCAGAAAAGGCCCAGAUUGCAGCCGAGAAGGCAAUUAAACAAGCAGAUGACGACAUCCAAGGAACACAGAACCUGCUGACUUCGAUUGAGUCUGAAACUGCAGCUUCCGAGGAAACCUUGCACAAUGCCUCCCAGCGUAUUAGCGAGCUAGAGAGAAACGUGGAAGAGCUGAAGCGGAAGGCUGCCCAGAACUCUGUGGAGGCACAAUAUAUUGAACAAGUGGUGUACACUGUGAAGCAAAGUGCAGACGACGCUAAGACGGCUCUGGAUAGUGAGCUGGAUGAAAAGUAUAAGAAAGUAGAAAAUCUAAUUGCCAAAAAGACGGAAGAGUCAGCUGAUGCCAGAAGGAAAGCGGAAAUGCUCCAAAAUGAAGCAAAAACACUUUUGGCUCAAGCAAACAGUAAGCUACAACUGCUGAAAGAUUUAGAAAGGAAGUAUGAAGACAAUCAAAAAUAUUUAGAAGAUAAAGCUCAAGAAUUAGUGAGACUGGAAGGAGAAGUCCGCUCACUCCUCAAGGACAUAAGCCAAAAAGUCUCUGUUUAUAGCACCUGCUUGUAACAAAGGAGGAAGGGUUCUAAGCCUCAGAUGGCUGUGGUGACCAAAGUCGUUAAUAGCUACAUUUUAAAAACUGACUUCAUGACCUUCAAAAUAAAACACCACCUAUUUAAUGUUUUUAAUUACCAGAUUUUGUAUGGAGUUAAAAUAAAGUACAGUGCUUUUGUAU